AUCGAAUAAAAAAGUAUCAAAUUUAUUAAAUAUGGAUCAAACAAAUCCGACCCAUCUUAAAACCCACUUCCAAGUUGCAACAAUUUCAUAUUCAAUCCAAAGAAAAUCAUAAACUUUUUCUUCAAAAAUCAAACGUACAUUUUUGAUGUCUUACUGUCACAUAAAUUUUUAAUGUCUUGACCCCCAAAAAGAUGUAAUUUUUUUUUUAAUUCAAGAACUUACUUAUUUAGUGUAUCCCCAAUCCAAUAUUCCAAUUAAUGUAAAUUCUUGGUGUACAACUGACAAACUAGAAAUAAUUUUUAGAUUUUUAGAAAAAGGUGACUUAUUAUUAUUAAGAUUUUUAUUAGGGUUUCUUCCUUUUUUUUUUUCUAUUAUUUUUGUUUUCGCUCUUCCUCUCUCUCCAUCUCAAAGUCUUUUAGUAUAGUCGGUUUCGAUUUCUGAUAGAAGGUUAGGGUUUCUUCGAUUUGUAUGAUUUCUCAACUUGGGGCAUACUUAAGUUUUGAUUUUUCGUUAUAUUCUCGUUGAUUUCGAUCAAACGCACGAUUUUGAGCUCUGAUUUUAGGUGUUUUUGAUUCGAUUAGCUUCUGAAAAGUAGCUUAAUUUGGGUUCUUUUUCGUAUUUGAUUUCUGGGUUUUCUUUGUUUUGAAGAAAUUUUGAGGUUCUGAGUGUGUUCGAUCUUGGUGUGGGAGGUGUAAAUUUUGAAGUUGGUGAUGAAAUUAGGGUUGUCUGGUUGAAGUUUUGGAGUGCCCCAGAUUGGAAUUAGGGUUGAAAAUUUGGGGGUUUUGAGUUUUGUAAUGUGUUCAUGAUGUUACCAGUUACAGGAGCUUCGAAAACUACUUGUGGUCUACUUGCUGUUUUCUGUGGAACUAGCCCUAAUACUGCAAAACAUGAAGUAGUUUCAGAGAAUGGUUCCAAGUAUCCUAUUCCGGAGCUUGUUUCUUCGGGGCGUCUAGAGGUUCAGACAUUAGUAAACCCAAAGGUUGAUGAAUUUAAACAAGUUGUCAAGACAACAGAGCCGGGCAUUGUGUACUUGCAGGGAGAGCAACAUUCGGAUAAUAAAGAAAUUGGCUCUUUGGUAUGGGGAAAUGUUGAUUUGUCAUCUGUGGAAGCGAUAACUGAGCUGUUUGAUUCUACUAUGCCCACCACUGUUUAUUUGGAGAUCCCAGAUGGUGAAAAGCUUGCGGAGGCACUUUACUCAAAGGGGAUUCCUUAUGUGAUAUACUGGAAGAAUGGGCUCUCUUGUUAUGCAGCUUCCCAUUUUCGCGAUGCAUUACUCUCAGUGGUACAAAGUUCGUGCAGUCAUACAUGGGAUGCUUUCCAACUUGCCCAUGCAUCAUUUAGGCUAUAUUGUGGACGAAAUAAUCAAAUGUUGCCAGCUAACAACCAAAAUAACAGUGGGAAGCUGGGACCACGACUUCUUGGAGACCCUCCAAAGGUCACUGUUCCACCAAUGGAGAAUGGUGCAGGUGAAGGCGAAGAAGAAGAUGAAGAAAGAGAAGGAGAAGAUUCUGGUUCUCUUCCUGCAAUAAAAAUAUAUGAUGAUGAAGUUAACGUGAGAUUUCUUGUUUGCGGGCUUCCGCGCACUUUGGACGCAUGCUUACUCGGAUCACUUGAGGAUGGUCUCAAUGCCCUCCUGAACAUUGAAAUGCGUGGCAGUAAGCUUCAUAAUCGUGUAAGUGCCCCACCACCUCCACUUCAGGCAGCGGCUUUUUCUCGUGGAGUCGUGACCAUGCGAUGCGAUGUAUCAACUUGCAGUUCUGCUCAUAUUUCUCUCUUAGUGUCUGGUAGCGCACAGACCUGUUUCGAUGAUCAGCUGUUAGAGAGUCAUAUAAAAAAUGAAGUUAUCGAGAAGAGUCAACUUGUCCAUGCACCACCAGAUUCGGAGGAAAGCAAACCAUCUCUAUCUGAGCCUCGACGUUCUGCUGCAGUUGCUUGUGGCGCAGCUGUGUUUGAAGUUUGCAUGAAAGUUCCAGCUUGGGCUUCCCAGGUUCUUAGGCAGCUAGCACCACAAGUAACUUAUCGCAGUUUUGUUAGCCUUGGGAUAGCUAGCAUUCAGGGGUCAUCAGUUGCUUCAUUCGAGAAAGAUGAUGCGGAACGCCUUCUUUUCUUUUGUGCAAGGCAAGGCAAAGAAUCCUAUCCCGAAAUUGCUGUCCCUAAUUGUCUCCCGAACUGGUUGAAACCACCUGCUCCCAGCCGUAAGAGGUCUGAGCCAUGUCAGGAACCAAAAAUAGAGGAGGAUGAAAAUAAGGAGGCGAGACGAAUUGAUGUUUGUAGGCCCAUAGUGCCUCUCAGAAAGAAAGUAAAAAUUGCUGCAAUGAGGCCAAUCCCUCAUACCCGUCAGCACAAGAUGCAGCCAUUUGUAGGAAUCCCUGAGGUGGGUGAUGCAUUUCAUAUGCCUCCACCGAAGUCCACGUUGCCAAUUGUUUCCUCUGCUAAGCAUAAUAGCGGUGGACAUGCUCCAACACAUCGGAAAACAGCAUCAACCUCUUUACACCAAGCUCAUCAAAUUAUAUCCCUGAAUCCCAUACCCCUAAAGAAACAUGGUUGUGGCCGAUCUCCAAUUACAAUUUGCUCAGAGGAAGAAUUUCUAAGAGACGUGAUGCAAUUUCUCAUGCUUCGGGGACAUAGUCGUCUGGUUCCACAAGGCGGAGUUGCUGAGUUCCCAGAAGCCAUACUUAACGCAAAACGUCUGGACCUGUUCAGCUUGUAUAGAGAGGUUGUUUCAAGAGGAGGUUUUCAUGUUGGAAAUGGCAUCAACUGGAAAGGCCAGGUUUUCUCGAAGAUGCGUAACCACACAGUUACAAACAGAAUGACGGGUGUUGGGAACACACUCAAAAGACAUUAUGAAACAUAUCUUUUGGAAUAUGAAUUGGCGCAUGAUGACGUUGAUGGAGAGUGUUGCUUGUUAUGUCACAGUAGCGCAGCUGGUGAUUGGGUGAACUGUGGAAUGUGUGGUGAGUGGGCGCACUUUGGCUGUGACAGACGGCAGGGCCUUGGCGCCUUCAAGGAUUAUGCGAAGACAGAUGGUCUAGAGUACAUUUGCCCCCAUUGCAGCAUAAACUACAACCGGAGGAAACCUCCAAAAGUCUCAAACGGAUUUUCACAGGGAUCAUCAGCUGCCGUUGGUGGUGCUAGUUAUUCACGACAUAUGUAACCUAUUCUUGUACAUUUUUGUUUCUUCUUUUUUUGGGGGUUUAGGCUUUUCUUUUUGGUUCUUUUAGCAUCAUAAUUGGUAAGAGAAGAGAUGACCCAACUUUGAAGUAGGGGUCAGUCAGGUCUGUAUUAUUAUUAUUAUUAUUAUAAAUUAUUUCUAUUAAUGGGA